CAAGAACAUUUCCAAGUGAAUAAAACCGUUAAAAUCUUAAAGUGAUAAGUUUCGAAAGCGAGUAAAGUGUGAAAAUGGGGAUUGGGCGUUGGCAGUUGAAGACAAUUGUCAUUAAUCUCCUAAUAAUUUGCAGUUUUACUCAAGCAAAAUCUUAUACGUGUGAGAUAGAGCUAGAAAACUGCUCCGAAAGUGUGUAUGAAGAUUUACCUCAAUAUUUAAAGGCUGGUAUUACCCCUAUUGGUUAUACACGAAGUGAAGUUGUCAGACGCAUUGAUGAUCGCAAAGAUCAACGAGAAUUUAUUAAUGUCAUUGAUGAUCCUCACGACCGUCGGCAAACUAAUCGGCAUUCACAAGACUCUAAAGAACGACAAGAAGUAGUCAAUCGCAUUGAUGACGAAGAAAAUCGAAGGGAAGUCGCAACGCUUGAUGUCGGUGGGGAGGGUCGACAUGAAGGAAAUAAUCAACGAUAUGUUACAAGGCGAAGGGAUUGGGGUGAAGAUAGUAGAGAAUUUCUAAGACGUAUUGAUGACAGUAAAAACAGACUUGAAUCUUUGAGACUAAAAACAGGUAAAGAACCCACAAGGCGCACUCAUGGUCAGGAAACCAGACGAGAAAUAACAAGGCGCAUGAAUGGUCGUGAAUCCACUCGCGAAAAUCUAAGACGCACUAAUGAUCAAGCAGACGAGCGAGAAAUCACAAGACGCAUGGAUAAUCGAGAAGAUAAUCAAGCAAUCACAAGACGCUUUAAUGAUCAUGAAGAUAGACGAGAUAUCACAAGGCGUGUUGAUGAUCCUGAAGUCUCACGAGGAACUCUGAUGCAGAAUUAUGUUCGAGAAGACGAGCGAGAAAUUACAGGACGCGUGGAUAAUCGUGAAGAUAAACAAGAAACCACAAGACGCAUUAAUGAUCGUGAAGAUAAACAAGAAAUCACAAGGCGGGACACACGAGAAACUCUAAGACACACUAAUGAUCGAGAAGACGAGCGAGAAAUCACAAGGCGCAUGCAUAAUCGUGAAGAUAAACAAGAAAUCACAAGACGCAUUAAUGAUCGUGAAGAUAAACAAGAAAUCACAAGGCGGGACACACGAGAAACUCUAAGACACACUAAUGAUCGAGAAGACGAGCGAGAAAUCAUAAGGCGCAUGCAUAAUCGUGAAGAUAAACAAGAAAUCACAAGACGCAUUAAUGAUCGUGAAGAUAGACGAGAUAUCACAAGGCGUAACCGUGGCGAUCGACGGGAAUCCACAAGACGCCAAGGUUAUAAUAGAUAUGAAGGAUCUGAAGUUAUUCCCGACAGUGGCGAACAAAUCGAUAACUCAAAGAAAUAUAAAUAUUGGCAAAAAGGAACAGCAUUUAAAACUUUUAAAUCUAAUGUGGAAAGAAAAUUUGAGAUCUAUACAAAUCGUGGAUUUAUUUUAUUUGGACAAGGCCUUAUUCUUGCUGCAGUAUUUAUGAAAGGAAUUAAAGAGAACGAAGAUGCAUUAAAGAAAGUUUUAUGGCAACGCCCUGGCUCGCAGAAACUGAUUGGUUUUUAAAAAUAUCCGCUACGAAUAUGAUACAACGGCAAAUUGGAUUACGAAUUGUAUAUAUUUACAUACAUAUGUAAUAAAAAUGUGUACCUUAAGCAAAUUAUGUGCAAAAUAGCAACUGUGUUAUGUAAACAAUUAAAAUUAAGAAUCAAAAUAUAGAAUUCAAUGAAAA